GCGUACCCGAUAACUAUGAAGGCUAAAUAGAAGGAAAUUGAAUCCAAAAGCCUGGAAAAAAGUUGUGAAAUUGGCUCGCUCAGCACAAAUUUUCGCUUUUUCAACAUCAAAUUAGCUUCUUUUUACCCAGAUUGUCGCCCAAAAAUCUCUCAUUUUAUCUCAUAAGAUGAGUUACGCGAGCUAAAACCUGAAGAAAGAGAGGGGUAAGAAGAAAUUGUUACUAGUUACCAAAGCUGCGCGCCAACUGUUCGAUAAAAUCCCCAAUAGACGCCAUUCCUCUACUCGCUCGCUUCAAGUUGGCGCCUGCCGCCAAUAUCGCUCGCAAGAGCACUCAACUCUUCAAACCCAUCGGCGCUUAUGCAAUGUGCAACGAAAUAAAGCGGAGCUUUGUGUCGAAUGCCGGCCUGCUGAGGGACUCAUCCGAUGAGGACGAGAAUAGGAUUUCUAGCCUUAAACCUGUGAAAGAUCUGGGCGGUGAUGGAGAUAUUACCUCAAGGUUCUCAAAUGCAGUAGCAAAUUUAUUUAGAUUACAUCAGGGUUGCCACGAUGAGGCGAAAGUAUCCACGGUGUUGCCUGAGGAGAAGAAGAUUACUUCAGAUGAGGAAGUGGAUUCCUUCGGAGAAACCCAUUUGUCGGUUAAGGAAAUUGAUGCAGAGCGCAAUCGUUGGCGACCUCCAUCUGCUUAUAACAAAAUGAUGAAGGCCUUAACUGUAGCCGGCAAGGUUAACGAAGUAGUCAGAUUGUUGCAAGAGAUGAAACAAUCCGAUUGUAAGCCUAAUGUUCUAUGUUACAACACGGUAAUGAAUGCUUUUGUGAAGGCUAACCGCCCGAGAGAAGCUAGAGUGGUCUUUAAAGAAAUUAUCACAUCGGGCAUUUCGCCCAAUGUGUCGUCAUACAACAUUCUUGUUAAGAUGUAUUGCAGGUCGAGGCAGUUGGAUUUGGCUUAUAAGGUGAUUGAGAGUAUGAUGAAAUGUGGCUAUAAGCCUGAUUCAACCACUUACUCAAUAUUGAUCAUGGGUAUUUGUCAAGUGGGAAGAGUCGAUGAGGCAUGGAAUAUUUUCGAAUAUAUGGUGAAAAACAAUUGUUCUCCUACUGCGCAUACUUAUACUCCCAUUGUACAUAGUUAUUGCUUGGAGGGAAAAAUUCAAGAUGCAAAGAUUGUGUUGGAUAUUAUGGAGGAUAGUGGGUGCCCUCCUAGUUUUGUGACCUACAAUGUAUUGAUCGAUGGACUUUGCAAAGUCGGAGACUUUGAUGCAGUCAAGGAGAUUAUAAAGGAAAGUGAAUUAAAGGAGUGGAAGCCUAAUUCGACUACUUAUACUGUAUAUAUGAAUGGUCUUUGUAAAGGGGGAAAGCUGAAGGAAGCAAUUGAUGUUUUAGAGACUAUGAGGGCGAAAGGAUUGGAGCCAACCGAUGUCUCUCUAGGUAUCUAUAUUGAUUGUCUUUGCUGUGAUUCGAGGAUUUGGGAGGCUAAAUGUGUGUUAGAUGAGAGCACUGAGCUAAAGUUGUGUGUUGGUGUAAUAAGCUAUAACACUUUAAUGGCCAGACUUUCAGAGAUUGGUCGUUGGCUGGAGGUUCUUAAUCUUUUCACUAACAUGUUGAAGAAGGGUAUAGCACCGAACACCAGGACUUUCAAUAUUGUGAUUAAUAGCCUUGGUAAGGGUGGGAAGCUUCUGAAAGCAAAAUUUAUGUUUAACAGUAGAAGGUUUGUUGCGAAUAAUGUUACCUACAACACUUUGAUCCAUUGGUGUUUACAAAAUGGUGAGAUUGAUGAAGCUCAGCUUUUGUUUUCGAGGAUGAAUGUGGAGAAAAUUGAUCCUGAUAUCAUCACCUGCACUAUUAUGGUUGUCGGUCUUUGUAAAGCAAAAAAGUUUUCAGAAGCUACCAAUUGUUUCCUCGGAUCUCUUCCGGGAAAUUUCGAAAAAGAUUUGGUGAAUGGUCUAAUAAAAAAGCUGCAUGAGGGGAGAAGAUUUAAGGAGAUAAGAUAUCUGUAUGAAGAAAUGAGAAUUCUUUUAAUCGAAAGAUUUCGUAGAAGUCAUGAGUCGAUUUUUCUUGAAGAAAUAUAUGAGGAAAUACAAAAUGUUUGCAUUGAUCUAGGCAAGAUGCUCGGAAAGCAGUAACAUGUUAAUUACUUCAGUAUAGGCGAAACUCUUUCUUAUUAUCCCCAGGAGGAGACUGAAAUUGUGGCAGGAUUCUUGGAAUCUUGGACUGAAUUAGGCAAAGGUUAAAUUCAAUAUUAAUGAUCAGUCGUGAUUAUGGAUUCUGCUUGCUUCUAUAUGCUAAAUCCAGUUUUCUUUGUUCUCCAGCAUCCCCGGCUGAAAGCUGUGAGAAAUGUUUAACAGGUAUAUUGUGUGAAGGAGAAUCAAAGCCAGCAUCUCAGGGCUUGUCAGUGCGUUCUGUAAUGUAUCUUUCUGGAACGCAAUUCGAAUUCCUCCUCAUGAUUUCUACAACACUUUCUACAGGGACUCAAGAAAGUUUCAGUGCGAAUGCCACUAAAGGAUGAGCAAAGCAUAGAAAUUACAAGAGUCUGAUCUCUCUCUCUCUCUCUCUCUCAUGGUUGUUACUAUGGCAUUGAUGGUUGUUAUAGUUGUCCUCAUUUCAGGAUAUUUGUUUCAUCAGCUGCUAUUUUGUGCUUCAUUUUGAGAAUAACGUAUUUUAUCACAAAUGAUGAAGAGAAAAUCGGCAAGUUUUGUCAAUAGAAUUUUUCAUUCAAGCGUAUUUGGUAUUGUUUAUUGAUGGCAAAACCUUGGGCUUGCCGACGACUGGUCCAUUGUGUAAAUACAGUUUAAUCUGCUCAUCAAAUUCAUGAUU